AACUGGUAGCCUUAUUGAUAGCAACUUGAAAUGGAGGCUAUCAGUGUAUGCCAAGAAGUGUCAACAGAAAUUGUGUUUUUCGACCUAGAAACAACGGUGCCUAACAGAACCAGACAACGAUUCUUCGUACUGGAGUUUGGCGCAAUUGUAGUUUGUCCAAGGAAGCUCGUUGAGCUGGAGAGCUAUAGCACCCUGAUACGGCCUAAGGACUUGUCUGUUGUUCCAUUGAGGUCCAGUCGAUGUGAUGGGAUUACUAGAGAAGCUGUUGCAAAUGCACCUGAAUUUGAGCAAGUUGCCGACAAAAUAUUCAGCAUUUUGAAUGGUAAAGUUUGGGCGGGCCAUAACAUCCAGAGAUUUGAUUGUGUUCGUCUUAAGGAGGCCUUUGCUGAGAUUGGUAGGCCUGCUCCUGUAUCUGUUGGGAUCAUUGAUUCUUUAGGAGUAUUGACCGAGAAGUUUGGGAGAAGAGCUGGUAAUAUGAAGAUGGCAACCUUGGCUUCUUACUUUGGGCUUGGGCAGCAAAAGCACAGGAGCCUGGAUGAUGUUCGAAUGAACUUGGAGGUUCUCAAGCAUUGUGCAACUGUGCUCUUUUUGGAAGCAAGCCUCCCUAGCAUAUCAAACGGCAGCUGGCACAGCCCCCCAACGAUAACGACACGAAGUAGAAGCAAUACAGGGAAACUGACAUACGGAGAAGAAACCAGCAGGAAAUCUCCCCCAACUUCUCCAGGAUAUCAAAGAACAGUACCCUACACAAGGGGAAGUUUGGGAAAGAUGACUGAACGAGUCAAGAAUCUUUUGUGUAAAGCCCAAGGAAGCCAGCCUCUUAACAAUUUGCUUAAGCAUUCUCAUUCAGUGCUCCGAUGAGUUCAGAAGAAGGCGGUCUCGGAUUGACCACAUGCCAUAUAUUGUGGAUCCUCGUUCAAUUUUCUUCUCCACUUGCAGCUGAUAAAAUUUCACAUGGGAAGAAGGGAUAUAAACAGAAGAUUGCAAAUUAACGGGAAUGUUCAAUGUAAUUCAGAUAGACAGGGUCCCUGUGAAAGGUUCCCCUUCAAUUAGAAUGGCAUGCAGAAUUCAAAAGGGUCUUUCCCUACUUAUUAAUUUGAUGAAUUCUUUCA